UGAUGCGUUAUUCCGCUUUGGGAGUGAUAUCAAGAUGCAGGUAGUGCUGGUACUCACCUUCGUCAGCGCCGCCCUCGCCACGUCUGCGAAUAAUGGAGACAACCCGCUCUGGGCAAGUGAGGAACUGCUUGGGAAAUAUCAAGAUGCCUGGAAAAGCAUCAGUCAGCCUGAUUCGGUGACUUAUGUCCUCGCAAAGACAACCUACGAGAAUGACACAGGAUCAUGGGGAGCCCAGUUUAAGUGCCUCGAGGUACAAGAAACACAAAAAAGUAAAGAAAACUUUACCGUUACAUCUGUUUUCACGUUCAGAAAUGCCUCUUCACCAACCAAGUAUUAUAACGUGUCAGAAACAGUGAAGGCCGUUUUUCAAUAUGGAUACAAGAAAACAAGGAAUGCCAUUGAAUACCAAGUGGGCGGUGAAAAGAAUCUGACCGACCCGCUCAUUUUCACUGAUGGAAAACUAUGUGAUGUUUUCUAUGUGCCUUAUGCAGACAAGGGCUGUGAGCUCUGGGUCAAGAAAAGCCACUACAAACAGAUACCUGACUGUUGCAUGUUCGUGUUCAAUGUUUUCUGUGCGAAUGGCAGAAAAACCUACGAUAUAUUCAGCGAAGAAGAAUGUGUUUAUAACGAAGGUGGCUUGAUUUAAAGACUCCUCCUCAAUAAAAUACUGAUUUUGUAGCAAGUAGUACGAAUAACUGAAUAAUAAAGAUAUUGUAGAGUGCAGCAA